AUGAAGGUCUCCUUUGCUCUCUUUGCUUCCUUCGCCACACUUGCGGUCGCGAAUCCGCUGCCCCUGAAACCGGACGUCAAAACGCUCGUUGGACGAGCAGACGUCGUUUCGGUAACGUGUCCUGCAGUAAAUGGUAACAGCCAAACGACAAACUCAACCAGGGAGCUUGAAGAGGCCUACAGUACUGCCGUCUCCCUGUUGCUACCUCCACCUGACAAGGCUAAGGGCAAAUAUGGCAAGGAAUACCCUGCUUACUACGGCAAUUUCCAGAACAUUGCCUUGCCGCGCGACUGCAUGACGGGCGACACUUACGAACGAAAUGAGUUUCCCAUCUUGCGCACUAAAGUCCUGUUCGGAGAAGGCUCUACCCCAGGACCAGAUCGAAUCGUCUUGGCUCGUAAGAACGAUGGCACCUUCACGUACUGCUACACUAUCUACCACAAAAACAACGGGGAUUUUGCUCAGUGUACCUAG